AUGUUGUGCUCGUUGUGUGUCUGCAAGAAGCAUCAUCACCAUCAAAUUGUCGAUUUGGAAACGGAAGAGGUGAAAUAUUUGACGAGUGAAACCCUCGAAGCAAUCACUCCACAAAUUAACGCUUACGACGUUUGUUUCCCGGAACUGCAAUCAGAUUUAGUCGGAAACAUGGCCGCCUUCAAACAGGGAAUGAUGGGUCAAAUCAAUCAACUUAGCAAACUAAAUUAUGCACCGGCAAAACAAGAAGGGCAAAAUUGCAUAGCUAUUGGUGAUCAAUUCGAGGAGAUCUGCGAGAAAUAUUUGAGUGAGCUGAGAUUGUGCAACACAGGGAUUAAGAAGCUCAUCAACGAGUUCAGCGGCUCUUCU